AUGGAGGCUAUCAAGGGCUUGGCGCGCCGCACAACGCAGAGCUUUAGGGAAAAGGUCUCACAGAGAGACGCAUUGGACCGCGAUGAGUCGCUGGACGUGGCCAGCAAAAAAGUUCUCCAGUACCAGAAGUUCAGUCAGGUCGUUUGCAUCAAAUUAAUACGUGCCGCAGAACUUAUUGAGGAGUUGUGCAAAAUUCUGAAAGAUGUUGGGCAAGAGUACCAAAACGUUCCUGAUUUGCAGCCGGAGUCGAAUCAACUUGCGGCAGAUGUUUUGGACGUGGGCACAAAACUAUUUGCCACGGCACAGGAGCACCAAAAAGGCCUCAAAGAGCAGGGCUUUGAUGUAUUGAAUUCCUUUAUUAAGAACAUCAGUAAGCUGAAGGAUGCGGAGGAGGCCCGCCGCAAGAACCAGCUAGAGUACGACUUUUUCCGUCAAAAAGUGCUGGGACUUCGAGCUAUGCCGCCUAAAGACAAGUCACGCAUUCCACGAAAUGAACAAAAGUUGGAAAACUGGCGUGCAGAGUUUUGGAGGGCCACUGAAAACAACAAGGUUGUCUGCUCCCAGCUCUAUGCCGAGGGCCAACGCGCCAUUGAUCUUAGUGUGUUGACCCUUACAAAGGUUCUUGGGAGUUUCCUCAGCAUUGCUGGGAAUGGCUUUAAGCAACAGUUUGCCAACGCACGGUUGCCAGUGUAUCCAACGACACCGCUCUUACCCCCAGCGCCGCUUCCACCAAAUCCGAUGCCUCCAUAUCAGCCGCCGCCCCAAGCAGGGGGCUAUGCUACAAUUCCGUACGGGCAGCCGCAACAGCAGCAGGACUGGAUGCAGGGUCAGCAACCGCAGCCGCAACAGUGGCAGGGGUGGUAUGGUGGUCACCCCCCAGGUUGGUCGCAGCGGCAUCCACAGCCGCCGCAACCAGCCUCACUCCAACCACAUUUAUCCGAACCUCAGGUGCCAGGGGGCCAGCCACUGCCUUCAGUGCAGUCGACGGGUGAAACGUGGCAUGUGCCAGAAGGGCAGCAGCAACAGCAAGGCUGGAAUUUUCCAGCACAGAACACAUCAUCUGUUGCUGGGUUUCAGGCUCCCCCAAACAAUUCUUGCUCACUAGGCCCUGCCUUUACGACGCCACCCAAAGAUAACGGCAACGGUAUUGAGGCACCUGCGCUAUCUUAA